CAGUAUUUCUUUUUGAAACGCACCUCAUUGGUGUCUCUUGAUGUCGAAGCUAUUAAGCCUUUCUUCUAUGACCGUUAUCUUUAUAAAGAAUACCUUUUGCUUCCCAAUCCACCUUUUAAUGAUGAAGCAGGCCAAGAAGCAGUGAAAUCUUUCUUCAGAAAGCUUUGUUCUCUGCAAGCCAUAUUGCAGAGGAAAUCUAAUAGUAGUGCUGCAAUCAGAAAAUUUGCACGAAAAGCUGGAGUUGACAUCAGUAUACAACUACGCGAGUUUCUUAUAGCCAAAGACACCGAGCAUGAAGAAAAAGCUACCCAGGAACUCUAUCAAACCUUCCAAGUUGCAGCCAAAAUUGCAGCAGAGAUUAUCGACAAAGAGGAACAGCAUGAGACAGAGAGGGAGAUGACGUGUGCUGCUUUAACUUCUCUCAGGGCAACAAUUGGUGAGAUUAUCAACAAAGAUUUCUUGGAAAAGUUUUCUUCUUCGCAACUCUUUCUGCGGGAGGAAUCUACUGAUGGUGUUGCUUUAAGUAGUCUCAAGGGAGCAAUUGAGAAGGGGUUUCUUGAUGAUGAAGCAGCAAGAGAACCUUUCCUUGAAAACAUUUCAUCUUUGCAAGCUUUUUUGCAAAAGGAGUCCACUGGUGGGGCUGCAGUGGAAGAUUUGGAAACUAAAAUCAAAGACUUUGCACUCAAAGCAGGAGAUGAUAUCAAAAUAAAACUAAACAAUUUUCUUCGGACCAAAGACACAGAGUAUCAAGAAAAACUUUCUCAGGAACUCCAUCAAUCCAUGCGAGAAGCAGCGGAAAGUGCAGCAGAGUUGUUGAAGCUAAGCAAUGAAGUUGAUGAGACAAAUGAAACUCAACUAUCGAAUAGUUGGUUAAAACAUGCUUCAAAGUCGGCAAGUGGGUCCUCACAGAGCUUUCUAAAGCUUGGGAACAGAAUGGUUGGUCGUCACAAUGAUUGUAGAGUGGAUAAAGGACCAACUCCUCUCUUCCCGUUCUCAACCAAAAUUAAUCUCAAUUGUUGGAAUGGCGGGUAUUGGGAAGACUACCUUAGCUAAAAAGGUAUAUGAAGAUCCAUCAGUUGCAUUGCAUUUUGAUGUACGAGGUUGGAUUACUAUACCUCAAGACUACACUAAGAGGCAAAUGCUAUGCGACCUUCUUCAGUCCAUUCUGCCAGCGGAGCUAAAUGUAAUUAAAAAGGGAAGCACUACAGAUGAACUAGAAGUACAGGUACGCUUAUGCUUACUUGGUAAGAGGUAUCUAAUUGUUUUGGAUAACAUUUUGAGCACUCAAGCUUGGUUUGACAUCAUACAGUGUCUUCCUACUGACAUAGGUGGAAGUUGUAUAUUACUAACCACUAGCCACCUCAAACAAGACUACUACAGUAGCCAUUAUAUCCAUAACAUGACUUUGCUUGAUCCAAAAGAAAGUUGGGAUCUGUUUUGUGAUAUUCUUCCUAUUAAAGAGCACAUGGCACCUAAAAUUGAAAAAAUUAGGAACCAUGUUGUGGAGAAAUGUGAUGGAUUACCACAGUUAAUUGUUGAAGUUGCCAAGCGUUUAUCUGAAUGCAAUAACAUACAAGAGGGGUGGAAGAAGAUUGAAAAGGAAUUAGAGUCAUUGGGAAUUCUAGAUCGCAACUCAAUCACUGUCAGUUAUAAUCCAUUGCCACAUCAUUUGAAAGUUUGCUUUCUGUAUUUUGGAGUCUUCCCAAAACGUAAUAGAAUUCUGGUUAAAAUGCUUAUAAGGUUAUGGAUUGCUGAGGGAUUUGUGAAGCCAUUGAAUCAUUAUGAGUUAGAAGAUGAAGCUUAUAUGUAUUUACAAGAGCUAAUUGAUAGAAGCCUUGUCUUAAUUGAAGAUCAAAGUUUUGAUGGCAAAAUCAAGACUUGUAGAAUGCAUAGUGCUAUGCAUAGCUUCUGCGUAGGGGAAGCUCAAAAAGAAGGUAUUUUAUGUGCAGUAAAUACUCGACAACAUUCAGGAUUGUCAUUGGAUGCAUUUGCAAAUUCAUGUCGUUGGCUAGGUAUAUACUCUCACAGUUUUGACUAUUACGUGCUCUUUGGUACAAACAUCCCUCGCUCCAUUUUCUUCUUUCUUGAAAAUUCUGAAAUGUGUGUUCCUCUCAAGGUGUUAAGAGUUUUGGUUUUUGAUACUUCUAUAUCCCUUCAAAGAGUGCCACUGAAUUUAGGGAAUUUAGUUUUUCUGAGAUAUCUAUCCAUAACACAAUGGUUUGAGGAUCUGGAUGAUGUAGUAUCAAAUAAUCCGAAUUUACAAACACUUGUUGUUUCCAGUAGUGGAGCACCUAGUGUCCAUUUACCAUCCAGUAUUUGGAAGCCACCACACUUAAGGCAUCUCGAACUUGGCAAUUUGUAUAUAGUGGAUCCUCCAAACAUGGUUAAAGAGAAUUUGCAUUCAUUAUCUUGUGUGGUGAGACCAAUUCAUUGCAGAAAGGAGGUGUAUGACAAGUUCCCUAACAUAAAAAAGCUGAAAAUUUUCCUUAAAGAUGACACAGAAGCCAGUCCCACUCAUGGAUCUUGCAGCAAUCCCAUUAUUCUGGAUAACUUUGCCAAUUUGAAAGGGCUUGAGAAGCUAAGCAUCUCAAUUUCUACUGGUUGCAUUGCAGCCCUUCCAGAACUGUAUCCUUCAGGAUUGAAGAAGUUGAAGUUGAGUGGUACUAAUAUGUCUGAAAAGGAUUUAACCAUAAUUGCCACAUUACGUGAGCUUAGGGUUCUGAAGUUGGAAAAUGCCUUCCAUGGAACAGUAUGGAAUUCAGUAGUUAAAGGAGGAUUCUAUAGCUUAAGAUUCUUGCUCCUUGAAGCUAAAAAACUCAAGCAGUGGGUAGCUAGCAGUGAUCAGUUUCCGGUGCUCAAGCACUUGGUCUUAAGAUCCUGUUAUUGUUUGGAACGGAUCCCAGAGCGGUUUGCAAGAACUUCCACCCCGGUGUCAAUUGAGUUGGAGGGGUGUCACUCUUCCCUUGUCGCUUCUGCCAAGCGGUUACAACGGAAGAAAAGUUCCAAAAAUCUUAAGAUCAAAAUCUUGGACCCUAAAUAUGAUAAAUCACAGAAUAAACAUACAAAAGUGUCUAUUUAAGACGACUUGGGCAGCCUCAUAGUAUCUGUUAGAAAAUGUGUAUCCAGAAGUUGGUAAUAGAUGCUACUGAAACAUGGGCUCAAGAUUGAGCUUUCUGUCAAAAAGACAGUGGAUCACCAAACAAUGUGGAAGAGAUAGAUCUAAUGUUGAUGUUUUGUCUUUUUAAAGAAAUCAUGUUGGUGACUAGGGCAAGCUGCGAAGCAGGCUGGGGCACCAACUGUCCAUUUGCAUCCAAAAUUUGGGAGCCACCACGGUUGAGGCAUCUUGAACUCAAAUGGCAAUUUAUAUAUGGUAGAUCCUCUGAGCAGGAAUAAAUGGAAUUUGCAAACAUUAUCUUGGAUCAAAGUCCAAGGGCCUGAAUAUGAUGAAUCACAUGUAGAAGAUUUUGUAGAAGAUGACUUGGUUAGGCUCGUAGUAAAUUAACAGUUAUGUGAAAAUGAUCGAUAAUUAUUGAAGCUAAGGUGGCAAAUGAAUUGGUUCCCCAUGACUCAUCAGCUGAUCUUCAAUUUAAAACUUAGAUUUCUUGUUUGGUGCUUUUCUCCCCUUGUUACUCAGCAGAAAAUUAUCAAAAUCUACGGGCUUGAAGGUGAAGAAUCACCAUAUCCACAUGUAGAAGAGGACUUGGCCGAGAUCACAGUGAAUUAGAAAGAUGGCCAUUAUUAAAGAUAUACUUCCUCAAACCAACAUCAUAGAAAAGAGCAGUAUUGUUGGACCUAGUUUUGAAUAGUUCAAUAGUUGCUAUCUUUGGUCAAGAGGUGUGGGUUCCUUAUAAAUGUGAGAUGCUAUUGCAGAUUAUCGAAAAAAAUAACC